AUGGCUCCAUCACCUUGACAGCUGUUUUUAUACCAAGACUAACUGUCUUAGCCAGCUUUGUGGGUACAAUUCACUUAAAUACAGAAACAACAAAUCUGCUGCUCUGAAUGGAGUUCCCUGUAGCCAGCGAUGGUGUUCACUCGUCUGCAUACAUACCCAGACUUCCAGUAGCCAAUGAGAAGGAACCACCUGGAGGGUAUGAUGAGUCUGGGGACUAUCAGUGUUAUGGUGAUGGGAGCAGUGUAGCAUCCCUCGGAUCUCAUGCUCUAACUGGCUACGAGACUCUAGACACCCCACCACACUAUGACUUCUACGCCAACACAGGGGUGUGGGGCCGACGGAGGCGUUUCAGACCGUCUCUGUACCAGCUGCACACAAACCCUGAGGUUGACUCCAGACCUCCCUUGUAUGAGGAGACAACAGGUGGACAGAUGGAAGGAGGAGACAGCUCAGAGGAAGAUGAGGACGAGCAAAAGGAGCCACCACCUGAACCUACUCGCUUUGGCUGGGUACAGGGAGUCAUGAUCCGCUGCAUGUUAAACAUCUGGGGAGUGAUCUUGUACUUGAGGUUGCCUUGGAUCACUGCACAAGCUGGUAUAGGUCUGACUUGGGUGAUUAUCCUGCUGUCCUCUUGUAUAACCGGGAUCACUGGACUCUCGACCUCAGCCAUUGCUACCAACGGCAAGGUCAAAUCAGGUGGGACCUACUUCCUGAUCAGUCGCAGCCUUGGUCCAGAGCUGGGUGGGUCCAUUGGUCUGAUCUUUGCUUUUGCCAAUGCUGUAGCUGUCGCCAUGCAUACUGUGGGCUUUGCUGAGACUGUUACAGACCUCAUGUCCGAAAAUGGAGCUGUCAUGGUGGACCGAACCAAUGACAUCCGCAUCAUUGGCAUAAUCACUGUCACAUGUCUACUAGGUAUCUCAAUGGCUGGCAUGGCAUGGGAGUCAAAGGCCCAGGUUCUGUUCUUCCUGGUCAUCAUGGUGUCAUUUGCCAGUUACAUUGUUGGAACGAUCAUCCCAGCUACCCCACAGAAACAAGCCAAGGGUUUCUUUAGCUACAAAGCGGAUAUCUUUGCUGCCAAUUUUGUGCCCAGCUGGCGGGGACCAGAGGGCAGCUUCUUUGGAAUGUUCUCCAUUUUCUUCCCCUCUGCCACGGGUAUCCUGGCAGGAGCUAACAUCUCUGGAGAUCUGAAGAAUCCAGCAGUGGCUAUCCCCAGGGGAACCCUGUCAGCAAUAUUCUGGACCACCAUAUCCUACCUCAUCAUCACUGCAACCAUAGGAUCCUGUGUGGUGCGGGAUGCAUCUGGUCUGUUAAACGACACCCUGUUACCACCCUCUUCUGUUGAGGAUUGUGUUGGUUUAGCUUGUCGAUAUGGAUGGGACUUCACAGAGUGUAUCAACAGUAGCUCAUGCACCUAUGGCAUCAGUAACUACUAUCAGGCAAUGAGCAUGGUGUCGGCCUUAGCCCCUCUCAUCACUGCUGGUAUAUUUGGAGCGACGUUGUCCUCUGCUUUGGCCUGCCUGGUGUCUGCUCCCAAGGUCUUCCAGUGUCUGUGUAAGGACAAACUCUACCCUCUAAUCGGCUUCUUUGGCAAAAGUUACGGCAAGAAUGAAGAACCACUCAGAGGCUACCUGCUAGCAUACAUCAUCGCUGCCUGCUUCAUUCUCAUUGCCGAGCUGAACACCAUCGCUCCCAUCAUUUCCAAUUUCUUCCUCUGCUCCUACUGCCUGAUCAACUUCAGCUGCUUCCAUGCCUCCAUCACCAACUCACCAGGUUGGCGUCCAUCCUUCAGGUUCUACAGUAAGUGGUUGUCAUUGCUGGGCUUUUUGGUUUGUGCGGUUAUCAUGUUCCUGCUGAACUGGUGGGCAGCCCUCAUUGUCUUUGGCAUCGUCUUCUUCCUUUUGGGAUACACACUCUACAAGAAGCCUGAUGUUAACUGGGGCUCGUCAGUCCAGGCAAGCUCCUACAACAUCGCUCUGAACCAAUGUGUAGGCCUCAACCAUGUGGAGGACCAUAUCAAGAAUUACAGACCCCAGUGUUUGGUGCUAACAGGUCCUCCAAGCAGUCGUCCAGCUCUGGUGGAUCUCGCAGCCUGUUUCACAAAGAAUCUCAGUCUCAUGAUGUGUGGUAAUGUAGUCACUGCUGGUCCUUCCCCAUCAGUAGUGGAAAAGGUGAGCAGAGACAGUCAUGUUACCUGGUUGAACCAACGGAAAGUCAAGUCAUUCUACAGUGGUGUAGUGGCUACAGAGCUACGCCCAGGAGUGAACAUGUUGCUACAGGGGGCAGGUUUGGGUCGUAUUAAGCCAAAUGUUCUGCUGAUGGGUUUCAAGAAAGACUACCACAGUGACACACCUCAGGCUGCACACAACUACAUAGGAAUACUGCAUGAUGCCUUUGACCUUCAGUAUGGUGUAUGCAUGCUGAGAAUGAAGGACGGCCUGGACGUCUCUUAUCCGCCUCAAUCAUUUGUUAAUCUCAGCUUUGAUGGAGGACAAGAGAGUCUAAACACCAUCUCUGCCCCUUCCCGCAUUCAAACAAGGACUACAUCUUCUGUCUCCACUGAACCAGAGCCUCAGCCUAGUACAGUGUUCCAAAAAAAACAAGGGAAGAAGACCAUCGAUGUGUACUGGCUGUCUGAUGACGGAGGUCUGACCCUGCUGCUGCCCUACCUGCUGACUCGGAGGAAGCGCUGGGCCAAAUGUAAGGUCCGAGUGUUUGUGGGCGGAGACACAGAGAGGAAGGAGGAGCAGAGAGAGGAGGUGUUGGCACUGAUCAAGAAAUUCCGCCUUGGCUUUCAUGAUGUUGAAGUACUUCCUGACAUCCACCAGAACCCCCAGCCUGGGAGCAUUCAUCAGUUUGAGAACAUGGUGGGUCGCUUCAAGUUGGAUACAAAUCCCAAACAGCACUGUGAUUCUGGGCCACUGAGACAGCAGGAGGAGCCAUGGAUCAUCACUGACCAGGAUUUAGAGAGGAACAAGACCAAGUCUCUUCGUCAGAUUCGUCUAAAUGAGGUCCUGCAGGAUUACUCCAGAGAAGCUGCUCUGAUUGUUAUAACCAUGCCAGUGGGGAGGAGAGGAGUGUGUCCCAAUACUCUCUACCUGGCGUGGCUGGACUUCUUGUCACAUGAUCUGAGACCUCCAAUUUUGAUGGUCAGAGGAAAUCAGGAAAACGUGCUCACCUUCUACUGCCAGUGAAAUGUCUCCUUCAGACCAGUAUACUGAUACUGAACUACAACUGAUUAUUCACUAACAUCUUGACAUUUUCACUUUGAUGAUCAUCUAAUCCUGUAAUUAAUGUAUGAUUAGAUUCUGUAAUUGCCAUCUUCUGGCCCUUAAAUUUAACAUCUUAACGAUGUACACAUUUUAGAAGUUCUGCAAAUGGAAAUCACUGAAGGGAGCAUAUACAAAACUGUAGCCAUUAUUGAUUGUAAAGACAAUUGUUUAUCAAAAUGAUUUGUAAUGUUUGACAAAUAUGUGCACCACAAUGUUUUUUUUUCCUUCAGUGGUCCAGUGUGUAGAAUUUACGGGUAUGUACUGGCAGAAAUAGAAUGUAAUAUUACAAUCUAACGGAUACCGUUAACUCUGUGAACACUAUGAGCAGCCAGAAGUAGGUAAAGAUUUUGUUAAUAACUAUGAAAAGAUUGGAGCUACUAACAUGUUUAUGGAUGCCGAACUACCCAUACAUUUCCUUCUGUGAACAGUUUAAACACAAAUUUGUUCCGCUUAUGUUUCAUGAAUGAGACCCAAUGUGUCCAUGUUACCUUAGAAUGAGUUGUUUAGCUACAUAACAAGUGGAUCCUUUUCUGCGGAGUCCGCCAUGUUGUUUCUACAGGAUCCCAGAACGGACAAACCAAACACUGGCUCUGGAUAGGGCCAUUUGCAUUUUCGCAUCAGACACAAUAGUUCUCCUGUAUGCUUGGCACACGGGAGAAAUUUCAGUUGGUUGUGAUCUGCAGCCUCACCACUAGAUGCCACGAAAUCCUACACACUAGACCUUUAAAUUUGUGGCACAACAAUUAGUUACUUUAGCUCAACUUGAUUGUUGAUAUUAACAUGUUUCACAGACUUACAGAACAAAUGAAAAAUAACUGCUAAGUACUAUGCUUACUAUAAAACUUCAAUUAAUAGCCUGGGCUAUUAUUUGCUUAAAUCCCUGAAAUCAACAGGCUUAUAUUUGGGACAGGCAUCUACAUGGGGCAGGCCUUUAAUUCCUUUCACACAAAAACAGUUGCUCAGCAAAGAUGGGGAAUACAAUCAAAUGUUUAUUUAAACCAUCAUGAAUAUUACUUGUUUAAAAAUUAGGCUUCGGAUAAUAUAUCAAUUAUGAAUCAUUCAUUUGAUCUAGCUCCAACAGACAGCACAUUGAGUUAAGGCACUUGAGGAUUAUAGCACCCGGCAUACGGACACAACAUCACUUUAUCCUGUUAAAACAAUACUCCCAAUUUGGAUUAUUUUUUAUGAAAAACCCUUUUGAUUCUUUUGCUCUGAGGACCCUUACGGACGAAAUGAGUAUGAAUAAGUUACAGGGUAAUUGAGGAAUGGACACAUCAUUUGAGGUAGCCAACAAGCCGGUUUUAUACCUCCAAACACUGAUGGACUCAGGGGGGCCGCCUCGGUCGAAAACGCCGCACUAAAGUGCCCUCUUGAGUGGCGAUAAUGAGAGGAUGUGCCCUAUCAGCUGCCCUCUUGAAUGAUGAAAACAAGCGGAUGUGCCCUUUUGUCUGCCCUCUUGUCCCCAUGUCAUGCAGUAGGUGCCCUUUUUUCCUUAUCGUGCCCUUCCUGAGUCCGUCACUGCAUCCAAAUAACUUCCAUCCAGGCUGGAGCCUAUUCCAGGCUGGAGCCUAUCCCUGGAGCCUAUCCCAGCUGGAGCCUAUCCCUGGAGCCUAUCCCAGGCUGGAGCCUAUCCCUGGAGCCUAUCCCAGCUGGAGCCUAUCCCAGCCUAUCCCAGAUUGGGGCGAGAGGCAGGGUAAACUCUAGACAGGUCGCCAGACUAUUGCAGAUGUAGAGACAAACACUCACAUUCACACCUAUGGACAAUUUAGAGUCGGCAAUUAACCUAUCCCCAAUCUGCAUGUCUUUGGACUGUGGGAGGAAGCCUGAGUACCCGGAGAGAACCCACGCUGACACGGGGAGAACAUGCAAACUCCGCACAGAAGGGCUCCCACGGGAUCGAACCAGGAACCCUCUCACUGUGAGGCGACAGUGCUAACCACUACUCCACCGUGCCGCCCCUCCAAAUAACUUCUAUAAUAAAAAUUACCUGCUUGGCAACUAGACCACACAUCUAAUUGAGAUAGGCAUUUAGUUAAGGGGACUGGGCAUUCAACUGAAGUUUUAUGGUAUAUGAAAAAGACUGUGUAUGAGUGUGUGUCUCUAAAGGGGGCAAUAACAUUUGCUAUUCCAGUAGAAUGAUGUUUUCUAUCAGACUCCACAGACAUCACCCUCAUCAAUAGGUAAACAAAUAGCCAACUUUUAAUAUUCCUUUUUUUUAAACUGUACUUCUACUUUUUUGCUUGAGUAUAUUUUUGAGCCAGAAAUCUACUUUUUUACUUCACUACAUUUGCCAUAUAUACUUUUGGUCCAUCUAGUCUGCUCUAAAUGAGAGUGUAGCAGGGGACAGUGCAGGAGAAGCAGCUCUACUGUGGAUGCCUGGAAGAAAAAGAAGCACCACCUGUCUUUUGACCACAAUGCCAUGAUGAUGGAGCAAAUCCCAGAGCAAAAGCCAGUUUCAAGCAACAAUUGCUGACCACAUUUAGCCACACAUUUUCUACCAAAAUUUAAAACACUUAGAGACUGUUUGUUAUUUAAAAGGGAGGAGGGGUGGUGCAAAAAGGGGGAGGUAUGUCAGAUACUUUUUUAAGCAGGGGGAAGGACUUGUGUUUUUUUUUUUUUUUUUUUUAAACAUUAUUAUUAUUAUUAUAAUUAUUAUUAUAGCUUCAGGGGGGGCAUAAAUAUUUAAAUGGCUGCAUUUUGUAUUUAUUUUACUGUACUCAGUUGGAAGGCAUGUUUUCUUUAAAAACUGCCAAAAUUACACCAUUUAUUGUAGCCCAAAACUGUAAAAAAUAGAAAUUAUCAUUGGAUUUUUUUAAAAAAAAUUCCUGAUGGUAAUGAUAACUAAUUUAUGUUGGAGAGAGGGUCAUGCAUUUUCCGACAAUAACUCAGGGAGGAUCAAUAAAAACUGUUUAUAGCUUUGGGGAGGGUCAGAAUAAUAAUAAUAAUAAUAAUAAUAAU